AUGGAGGAGAGGCGCGAGUUCGGCUUCAGAGUGAGGCCCAACUUCGGCCAGGUGCUGGGCUACAUCCAGGAGGGGGGAGCCCAUCACCCUGGAGCUGCCGAAGCGCAAUGUGUCGGCCUACAUGGCCUCCCACUUCCACCUCGACGAUUUCCCGCAGAGCUCCGAGCCCCUCAGCGACCAGCCGAUGCCGCACACCGAGGCCUUCGAGCAGGACGAGGGCUACCUGGGCCGGCCCUUCCCCCCGGGCCCGCCCAGGGAGAUGCUGCGGCAGAGGAGCUUCUUCAGCGACAGCAGCAGCGACUUUGGCGGGGUGGACCCGGCCCAGGCGCUGCGCAUGGACGGCUUCGACGCCUCCGCGCCCGCGCUCGGGGACAGCUGCGGGAGUCGGGCAUCCAGGCCGCCGAAACGGCGAUCGCCGGGCUCGGGCGCGCAGGGCGCCGCCUACCAACUGCCUUGGCUGCGGGGAGCAGUGGCUGGACAGGACGCUUCGCAUUCCUAGGACGCCGGAGGGGCGCGGCAGCCGCGCUGGUGGGCACGGCCUGGGCCAUCGAGGGAGGGCUCACGGCCGCGAGCCACCUGAUGGGCUUCCCGGGCGGCGGGGGCGGCGGCACCGACAGAGUCGGGGGUGCAGCAGCACUUUGCGAUGCACCAGCAGCGCCAGCGGCCCGAGCCCAGCCGGCGCCGCGGGUCCGCGCCAGGGCGGCGAGGCAGCAGCCCUCGCCCUUCGGGAUCAACCCAGUGCGCCUGCCGCGGCCGCAGGGCCAGUCCAGCGGAAGCGAGGGCUCCAGGGCGAGCCGCCAGAGCCGCCCCCUGAACGCCGAGCCCUCGUUCGACCAGCGGAACUCGCCUGACGCUAGGAGGGAAAGCACUCCGCGGCGAGCCAUGGAGAACGUCACCCAGGCCGUCCAGGAUGAGCUCAUGGGCUCCCUGGACUACAAGCUGGCGACCUCGAACGUCAAUUACGUCCAAUCCAGGCGCGACGUCCAAUAUUUUCCAUCCUCGUUGAGUACCUUCACCCCCACCACCAGCCGGGUGGCCAGAAUCCCGCUGACCAGCGGCAUGGAUUUCAUCGACCCCGAGAGCGUGAAAAUCGCCUUCCGGGUGCGGAACACCGACGGAGGCGGCGGCCAGGUCUUCCCCGGCUCCUUCGAGGGAAACUGCUUCAUCAAGCGCGUCCAGCUCUUCAGCAACGGGCAGCGGACGGAUGACAUCUCCGAGUACGGCCGUUGCUGCUGGCUCUACAGCCUGCUCAAGCCGCAGGAGUGGUACAACGGCCGGGCCUACGAGGGCUUCUACCCCACGAACUUGGGCAACCCGCCCGCGAUCCUGGACGGCAACUAUAGGGACGUGCUCAUCCCGCCCACGCUCAUCGGGCUCUUUCAGUCCGGGAAGAUGCUCCCGCCGCAGCUCAACCUGGUGCUGGAAAUCGAGUUCGCGGAAGCCGCGGACGCGCUCUGGCCGGGAGGCACCGGCUCCGCGAGCUACAGCAUCGAGAACGUGCGCGUGCUGGCCUCCCAGGUGACCCUGGACUCCGCGCUGGUGGAAUCCUUCAACAAGGUGCUCCUCAGCGGCCGCAGCCUCGUGUUCUCGUAUCCCACGAUGCACACGCAGGUCUCCUCGAUCCCCGCCGGCACCUCGCAGCACAGCGUCACGGUGGCAAGGGCCUACACGAAGCUCAUGGGCGCCUUCGUCACCUUCAAGGACGACGACGACGCCCUGGGCGAGGUCAUGAAUCUGGAGUACCCCGCGGUCAACGGGCAGCUGGAAUAUCAGAUGCAGCUGGGCGCGCUCCAGUUCCCCAGAUACCCCAUGGCCAGCCUGGCGGAGCACCACCACUUCUUGGAGAUCAUGGCAGGGACCUACGACUCCAAGAUCAAGAACAUGCGUCUGAACCGGCUGGAAUUCGAGGACACGCAGUUCAUCGCCGCGUUCCCGGUGGAGCGCGUGCCCAAGCACCCGCUGAGCGGCAUCUCCACGCGCUCCGGCGACCUGGCGCGCUUCACCUUCAAGAAUCUGCAGCCGGACCGCGCCCAGAAGCUCUACAUCCACUUGAUCAGCUACCAAAUCGUGACGCUCUCGGGCGCCGGCGUCUCCGUGCUGGACUAA